AUGCCGCAAGCUUACUCGCUCGCAGCGACAAAGCCCCUCACCCGCCAAGAGGGCCACUCGAUCCUCCGCGCGUGCCACACGGCCACCAGCGACGCAGACGACGACCUGGUGCCCGCUUCACCCGCCCAGUCCAGCAGACCACGCUUCCUGCGCACUCACAGCUCGCCAAACAAGCGUGACCCGGCCAGCAACGGGGGCAAGAUCCCCUGGGACGAGGGGCUGGUGGCGGUCGACCCGUUCGAGGACUCGCCGCCCGUGAAACCGGGUGCAGGGCGUCAGGUGAAGAGUGAAGAAGCAGUGCAGGGCGGCAAGCGGGCGCACAGGGUGCAGGGAAGCGCCAGCAGCGGGGAGUCGAGCGCCAGGGUGUUCUUGUCGCCCGUCUCGGCGGCGAGGGCCGGUCUCUUCCCUGCGGGCGGAUUGUACGGCGACGACUCGGACGAGGAGAACACGGCGAGGAUCAAGGUGUCCCCUUCGAAGGGCAGGAGCGGGUUGAAGCGCCUCGUCAACAAGGGCAGCAAGUUCAGUCUGCGCCAUCUCGGGCGCGCUACGAUCCAGCCUUCGCCACCGAGCUCGCCUCAGUCGCAAUACGGCUUCGAAGGGACGAUCACCGCACCCGCGCCUCUCACCCCGCCGUCCGCCUCGAUCCGCCUCUCGCCCGCAACCGCUUCGUCUCGCGGCGACGGUCGCAAAGGCAGUUCGGCGGGUCUUUCGAUGGACGAGUCGUCGCGUGCUGGAGGCGUCAAGGGCAAGGCGGCCAAGAUUCUCGGCGAAGAGAUCGUGCCGCAUGGAAAGGCGGCGAGGUUGCUCGGACUUGAGCGCAAAAGGACGCUCGUCAAGAGGCCCAGCACGACGUCGUUGCAAGCGCCCAAGUACGAGCUCUUCCCUCGCAGCGACUCGAGCUCUCCCUCGCUUCGCACCGCCUCGUCCGGCACCGCUCGACUCGCUCCGCCUAUCCACGUCCGCCAACGCUCCAUCAGCACACCCGCACCGGUCUUUGCCUCGCUCGACAUCCCGAUCAGCAGUCCGGAACUGAGCACCUCUCCUCGCCUCACGCCUCUGCAGUCGGAAGACGACGACCCAUGGCAGCCACUCGUCCCAACUUCCGCUCCCGUCACACCCGACACCUCUCCCGAACUCGCCAAAAGCACCCGCAACAAGACGCGCGAAUUGAGCCACUCGUCUUCGGUCGAGUCCUUCCCUCAAACCGCUCGAAUCGCCUCGUACGCCUCGUCGACGUUCCGCGACAUGCCCGAUUUCCGCGCGAGCGGGAUGUCGAGGUACGGGAGUACGACGGGUCGACUCUCGCCCGACUCGAUCCGCUUCUCGUCGUUGUUCGGGAACGGUGGGUUCUCUGAACCUGCUUCGUCGAACGAUAGUCCGGGAGAGUCGGUUGCGGGACCAUCGAGGCCUGGCUCGAUCGGGAUGAAGCGGGUCUCGGGACUGACGAAGAUGCCCAGUGUCGGCGCUCGAGGGGUGUCCGACUCGUCUGUCCUUUCGACCGCCUCAGCACCGGUUCACCACCCUCUCCCGCCCAUUCCGGACGUGACCACGCUCGAACUCGCACCGGUUCCGGCUUCGGCGCCAGUCACGCCCAUCACCGUCCCCUCGACGAACCCGCUGCUCACCGCCCUUCCCGCUCCAACGAGCCCCCUUCCUGCCAUCCCCUCCGCCUCAUCUUUCUCCACCACUACUCCUCUUGCGCCAAUGGGCCAGCCCCGCCCGAAACGUACAAACACCCUCAUCUCCGUCGCCUCCUCCCACACCCGGCGGCGCCAACGUACGCACGCGCUUGAGGCGCUCGAAGGGCGUCGGAAGAAGGAUGCUGAGGAGGAAGAGGAGGAGGUGAGCGGGCUGCCGGUUAGCACGGAGAGGAUUGCGGAGUUGGAGAGGAGGGCGUUGGAGGGUGUUGAGCGCGGUGAGAGGGAUGUUGGGAGUGCGAGGGGAAGGGAGAGGGGCAGGGAGAGCAGGCCUUUCCUUGAUCUUGCCUGGAGCAGCGAUGAAGAGGAGGAGAGGGAGCCGAAGCCGAUGCUGGCGAGGAGGAGCAGGAGGAUCGCGAGGGACGAAGUCGUUCCGCCUGUUCCGGCGCUGCCGAAAUGGCCGCCGCCAGUCUCGCCGUUGCCGUCCCCGCCUGGACUCGGUAUAGAUGGACUGGCGUCGACUCAUCGCGGGUCGCCAACGUCUUCGUCGAGCGCCUCGGAUGCCCUCACGAUUCCCGCGCCAGUCGCUCACUCGGCUCCUCGUACUGACUCGCCUACAUCGCGUCCCGCCAUAUCGCGUCGAGCUUCCCCUCCUCGCCUCCCUUCCCUCCCGCCUCUCCCUCAGCUCCCUUACUCCGCCCCUCCCACGCACACCACCACGCCCGCCCCUCUCCCUCCCCUCCCCUCUCCACCUCAGCACCUCCGCCAAACCUCCAAAACCUCGCUCGACAGCUCCAGGUCGAUGCUCUCCCUCUCGUCGGACGAGGAGGACGGAGCGAGCGUCUGGGAGGAAACGACGAGGGCGUUUCCUAAGCCGCCUGGUCAUGGAGUGAUCGCGGCGGGAUGA